AUGGAGGACGCAUCUUUGCUACUGCUAUAUUAUAAAUACCAAAGAAUGCGCGAUUCCGCUAGGCGCAGAUCGCUAGCCAGAAGAAGGAGACGGUUGUUUCUUUUAUUGCAAAGAAACAACCAAAACAUGAUGUUCUUUCAAUAUGUCCGAACCAUAAGUUUAGCUAUGAUGAUGAUUGCGAGAAUGGUUGGUCAAAUAAAUCAACGUCAGUACUGGGAGAUUCCGAGACCACGACUGGGGUGGUUUGAAGUAAUAUUUGGAGACGAUUGUCAGGCAGGUUACUGGAAGGAGCAUUUUCGUAUGCGCAAAGAGACAUUUUUACGGCUGGUAGACUUCGUAACCCCAGAAAUCGCUAAGGAAGACACUAUAUUUCGAGAUGCUAUCCCCCCACAUAAGCGAGUAGCUAUUGCGUUAUGGCGACUGGCAGUAGGUUCAAGUUUUCGUGCCAUCGCUGCUCAUUUUGAUGUAGGAAAGUCAACGUGCGUCAAAAUAACGAAGGAAUUUUGCCAAGCUUUGAACAAAUUAUCGAGGCACUAUAUUAAAUUUCCCACUAGUUGCGAUGAAACCACACGAGCGUUGGCGCUAUUUCAAGAUGAUUGCAAAUUCCCACAUGCAGUUGGGUCAAUAGAUGGUACCCAUAUCGAAAUUAUUGCACCGGAGGAACCUUUUGACUAUUUUGAUCGACAUCAUCGCUAUAGCGUUAUCCUGCAAGGAGUAGUUGGAAAAAACCUGACGUUUUUGGACACCGCAAUUGGUUAUCCUGGCAGCAUGCAUGACGCGCGAGUUCUACGGUCCAGUGACAUAUUUCAAAAGGCGCAAAAUGGUGAUAUUUUGACAGAACCUCUGGCUUCAAUCAAUGGGGUUCAAGUUCGGCCUCUGCUGCUCGGGGAUGGAGCAUACCCUCUGCUUCCUUGGUUAAUAAAGCCUUAUCCUAAUGGUGCUAUUCUCAACUGUUCUCAACGCCGGUUUAACAAGACUCUUUCUUCAGCUAGAUCCAUUGUUGAAAGGGCGUUUGGAAUACUAAAGGCAAGAUGGAGAAUACUUUUGAAAAGGCUGGACAACCGAUUUGAAAAUAUUUCCGAAGUGAUACUGUCAUGCUGCAUACUGCAUAAUUUUUGCCAAGAGGCCGGUGAAGAGUUUGACGACGAGGAAAUUUUGCGCAGAAUUAUUUCUAUAGACAGGGAAUAUUUGGAAACUAGACGGCAGGAAAACAUUGUUUAA